AUGACUGAACGAAACCCCAUGAGCAUCGCGAUCGUCGGCGGCGGCAUCGCUGGCCUUACAUUGACUAUCGCACUUCUCACCAAAUGUCCACAGAUUAAGAUCACGCUUUACGAGUCCGCCGAAGCCUUUGGCGAGAUAGGCGCAGGUGUCGGCUUCUCCCCAGUUAUGGUCCGCACAAUGGCCCUCAUCGAUCCACGCAUCGCGGAAGCAUUCGUUAAAUGUAGCAAAGGCAACACGGUUACCGACCCACCGAACUGGUUCCACGUGCGCGUGGGAGACCAAAGAAAGAAGAAUGUCAAACUGGGGGAAGAGAUCUUUGUGAUACCAGGAAGGAAGGGACCGGGAGGGGGCGUGCACAGGGCUCACUAUCUUGACGAGCUGGUCAAGCUGGUACCGGAUGGAGUCGCGCAGUUCAAGAAGAGGGUACUUGAGAUUACUGAAGCAGAAGACGGUUCUGGCGAUGCGGUUUUGCACUUUGCCGACGGGUCCACCGCGCAGCACAGUGCGGUGCUUGGGUGCGACGGGAUCAAAAGUCGCGUGCGAUCUAUCGUCCUGGGCGACUCAGACGCAGCAAAGGCGGUCUUCUCAGGAAAGUAUGCGUAUCGGGGACUACUGCCCAUGUCGGAGGCGGUUGAGAUCCUGGGCAAUGAGACACCAAGAACGCCGCAGAUGUAUAUGGGCUAUCACGGGCAUGUGCUGACAUUUCCUAUUGCGAACGGCACGCUGUUCAACGUCGUCGCUUUCUCCUCGCGACCCACGUGGGAAGAUCAGAACUGGGUAGUUCAAACAUCCCGCGAGGACAUGCUAGAAGACUACAAGCAUUGGAUCCCUGCUGUGCGCAAGAUCAUGCAGAACAUCCGAAAGCCUGAUAUCUGGGCGCUCUUCAACCACCCACCUGCAUCAAUCUACUACAGCGCUAAGCCGCUGAUCUGCCUAGUGGGCGAUGCCGCUCAUGCAUCGACACCGCAUCAAGGCGCAGGUGCGGGAAUGUGUAUCGAAGAUGUGUACAUUCUGAGCGAGUUGCUAUCGCAGUGUCAUGCGAAGACCGGCCUCGGGAAGGUCUUCCACGCAUAUGACUCGGUAAGAAGGCCGCGUAGCCAAAAGCUGGUCAAGACCAGCAAGGAAGCCGGUAUGCUAUGGGAGUUCGAAGGAGAAGGCGUCGGCGACGAUUUGGAAGCGCUGCGGAUCAAUGCGCAGACAAGGAUGGCGUGGAUUUGGGACCACGAGAUAUCGAAUGACUUGAACAACGCAAGGCGUAUGAUGCAAGAGGGCGCGUCGAAGACUCCGUAG